AUGGCGCAUCAACAUGAUGACUCCGGGCCACCAUCCGCGAACGGCGCGCCGACUCAGCCGCCCUCCAAAUCAGAAACCGCAACGCCGAAGCUAAACAAUGAGGUGGAGCUUGGGAACAUGCCGGACAACUCGAGCCAGAACGAUAUUAUGCAGAUGGCACGGGUGGGGGAUCUUGCCGGCAUGGAGAAGCUGUUCGAGAAUAGCGACUACGAUGCGACCUACACCGAUGACGAGGGGAUCACCCCGUUACAUUGGGCCGCGAUUAACAACCAAUAUGCCAUGUGCAAAUUCCUGAUCGAGCGCGGGGCGCCGAUGAACAAGAAGGGUGGGGAAAGCGUUGCGACGCCCCUGCAGUGGGCUGCCCAGCGCUGCCACUACUACACCGUCCACCUGCUCCUCCAACACGGCGCCGACCCCCUGAUUACCGACGCCCAGGGCUACAACACGUUACACAUCAGCACCUUUAACGGCAACCUCCUUCUGAUCAUCUUGCUGCUCCACCAGGGCAUCCCGGUCGACGUCGAAGAUUCCUACGGCCACACGGGGUUGAUGUGGGCCGCUUAUAAGGGAUACCCAGCCUGCGUCGACGCCUUCUUGAGGUGGGGAGCCAGCGUCCAUGCGAAGGACGAGCAGGGGUUUACAGCGCUACACUGGGCACUGGUCAAAGGCAGCGCUGGCUGCAUUCAAAAGAUUAUCGAGUACGGAGCGGACCGAUUCGCCAAGACAACAACGGGGAAAACACCGUCCAUCACCGCGAGAGAGCUGAACACGGCGGGCGCCUGGCACAAGGCCCUGUAUGAGUGCGGUUAUGACGAGGAUGGAAACGCCAUUGUCCCCAGCUGGCCUGGUGCGAGCUACUUGUUGAAGGACAGGCGGGGUUUCACGACCAAGUUCUUCUUCCUGUGGCCGUUUUUGCUCGUUUGGGGGACUAUAUUUCUCUUCUCGUCUUUACCUGUCUACGCGGGUGUUCCGUUCGGUCUCUUGGCUGCGUACACCGUGCAAUGGCCUUGGAUGGCGGGUAUUUUUGCAGCGUCGCUCUUCUUCGCGGGGUUAAACUGGUUCUUUGUAAUCCUUCCCGGCACGGCGUUCGGAGAUGAGGGAACAUGGCUGUGGAACUUUGUGUUUGCCGCUGCGCUUUCACUCACUGGCUUCUUCUACACUAGGGCCAUGGUGGACGACCCUGGUUUUGUGCCCAAGCUCAACGGCAUCGCCGAACAAAAAGCCGUCAUUGACGACUUGAUCAGCCAGUGGAAGUACGAUGAAGCCCAUUUUUGCGUGACGUGCAUGAUUCGGACACCGCUCCGGAGCAAGCACUGCCGCAGGUGCCAACGCUGCGUGGCCAAGCAUGACCAUCACUGCCCGUGGGUCUAUAACUGCGUCGGUGUCAACAACCACCGCCACUUCUUCCUCUACCUGAUCAACCUAACGCUCGGCGUCCUAUCCUACGAUGUCCUGACCCACCGAUAUUUCUCCUCCCUCACCCCCAACGCCUCCGACGAUUGCAACGUGCUCUCCCCUGCCCUCUGCCGCGUUAUCAACACCGACGCCUACAGCCUCCUCCUCGCCAUUUGGGCCUCCCUCCAACUCACCUGGGUCUCCAUGCUGCUCUUCGUGCAGUUCAUCCAAGUCUCGCGCGCCAUGACCACCUACGAGAACAUGUUCGGGGUCAACACGCGCGCCCCGGCCUCCCUCGCCAGCGCCUUCACUUCCACCGGCGCCCCGCUCGACCCGGCCUCCGCCGCCCCGCCCUCCGGCGCCGACGUCGGCCCCCACGGUCCCCCAGGCGGCCACGGUCACGGCCACGGUCACAGGCAUGGUGGCAUCCUCAAGCAUUGGGGGCGGCUGCUGGGCGUGGAUACUUUUAUGCAGACCGCACGGGGCAGGGGUGCGGCUGCUGGUGGGGGGCGGCGUAGGGGGGGCAACCGCAAUCCGUUUAGCAAGGGGUGCUUGGCGAAUUGUAAGGACUUUUGGUGUGAUCCGGCGCCGGUGUUUGGGAGGCGCGAGACUGGCGCUGCGGUGCUGGGUGGGCAGCCGGUGAAUUAUACGGAGAUGUAUGAGAGUCCCGCGGUGAUGGAGAUUUUGAGGGGUGGUGGGGCGAGGCGAGCGGGUGGGUAUGAGGAGGUUGCGGGCGAGGAGGUGUAA